AUGAAUCUUCUUCGAUUAUGUCAUAGAAUUAUCAAUCCGACGCGAUUUUCAUUAAAUCGUCAAUUGCAGCAGUUAUCUUCUACAUCUAAAGCACCUUCAACAUCGCUUUCUGUUGGUCAAGAACUACAUGGUUAUAUCGUAAAAGAGAUAACACCUGUACCAGAAUUUCGUUUAAUUGCUAUUAAACUUCAGCAUAAAUUAACUGGUUGUCAACAUUUACAUAUUGAUCGUGAACACAAAAAUAAUGUUUGGAGUGUUGCUUUUCAAACAACACCAAAAGAUGAUACAGGUGUUGCACAUAUCCUUGAACACACAGCACUUUGUGGUUCAGAAAAAUUUCCAUGUCGUGAUCCAUUUUUUAAAAUGACUAACCGAAGCAUGGCUACAUUUAUGAACGCUUUUACAGCAAGCGAUUGGACAAUGUACGCGUUUUCGACACAAAAUAAAAAAGAUUAUUAUAAUCUCAUGUCUGUUUAUCUCGAUGCUGUUCUACAUCCAAAACUCGAUGAAUACGACUUUAUGCAAGAAGGCUGGCGUCUUGAACAUGAAAAAACUGAUGAUCCAAAUUCACCGAUCGUAAUCAAAGGUGUUGUAUUCAAUGAAAUGAAAGGCGUUUUUAGUGAUAGCCAUCAAGUAUAUGCUCGUCGAAUACAAAAUAGUUUAAUGCCAACAUCUACAUAUCAAUAUGAAUCAGGUGGUGAUCCGGAAGCCAUUCCAACAUUAACAUGGAAUGGAUUGAAAAAUUUUCAUGCAUCACAUUAUCAUCCGACUAAUGGACGAUUUUUUACUUAUGGUUCAUUUCCAUUAUCAGAUACACUUGCAUUCCUUAACGAUUAUCUAAAUCACUAUGAACAACAAAAAGCGAAAACAAUAUCGUUAGCACUGACUGAAGAAUCUCAUUGGAAUCAAUCACGAUCAGUAAAUAUAACUUGUUCACCACAGUCGUUUGUUGUUGACUCAAAUAAAACAACAACGGCCAGCGUCAGCUAUUUACUUGGAAGUAUACGUAAUACAUGGGAAACAUUCCUAUUGAAUAUCGUCUGUUCACUACUUGUUGAUUCAGAAAAAUCGCCAUUUUAUAAAAAAUUAAUUAUUCCAAAUAUUGGCACAAACUAUUCACCUGAUACAGGUUUUGGACGUAACACAUUAAAUACAACGUUUCAUGUUGGCUUACAAGAUAUAUCCAAAGAUGAUGUUGAUAAUGUGAUUAAGAUUAUCGACGAUACAUUUCAAGAAGUUGCAAAAGAAGGUUUUGAGAAAACUCAAAUCGAAGCAUUACUUCAUCAAUUUGAACUCGGAAUAAAACAUCAAGAUGAAAAUUUUGGUCUUAAAAUUAUACUUGGUUUAAUAUACUCUUGGAUUCAUGGUUCAGAUCCGGUUGAUAGUCUUCAAAUAACGAAAUAUGUUGAAAGAUUUAACGAAGAAAUAAAAGAAAAUCCUCGAUUACUUCAAGAUGUUAUUGAAAAAUAUUUUCUAAAAAAUAAUCAUAAAUUAAUAGCUACGAUGAAUAUCGACGAAGAAUAUGCUGAAAAGAAAAAACAAAAAGAAUCGGAACUUUGUCAACAAUUAAUAUCUCAAUGCAAAGAUAAACAAUCAAUAUACAAAAAAGGCUUAGAAUUACAAAAACGACAAUCAGCACCCCAGAAUAUUGAUGUCUUACCUACUUUAUCUAUUACUGACAUUGAUAAGAAGGUUAUUCGUGUUCCGAUCAUCCAAGGACACGCAGGUAAUACUUAUGUCCAAUUAUGUGAGCAACCAACAAAUGGCAUAACCUAUUUUCGAUGUUUACUCAAUACAUUUGAUUUACCAAAUGAAUUAAAACCGUAUCUACCAUUAUUUGUUAAUAUUCUCACAAAGUGA